AUGGGCCCAAAAAGGGGCGGCGGAAAUCGUGUUGGGCCCAAGAAGACCUCAGGCUCGCAGCCGGCAGAGAUUUCUAUUUCUGACUUUGUUGCUGCUGGCGACAAAAAUGAGGCUAAAAAGACGAAAGCUGGAGCCAAGUCCAAAAAGAAAGAUGCUGGAGGAGAGGCAUCAAAUAACUCAGAAGAGCCCAAGAAGCCCUCUGUGAGGGCGGUUGUAGGAGGCGCGUCAUGGACGGGGAAAUUACCUGUAAACAUGCUUUCAGAGCAUUGCCAAAAGCAAAAGUGGGUAAAACCUGAGUAUACAACGAUCAAAACUCCAGAUGGGUUUCUAGCAGGCGUCAUAUUGAAAAAAGUCAACCCGAAGACGAACGAAACAGUGACUCUACCACCAUUUCGACUGCCGCCCUCACAUAAGAAACUGGGUGUGCAGCCAACAGCUGUGGAGGCCCGUCACUUUGCUGCCGCCUACACUCUGUUCCUAGUAUGCAACAGGCUAAAUUUACACAUGAUGAUGCCGCCAACCUUCCGUGAUCUUUGGAAAGACCAAUUUGCAACACUCAAAGCAGAUGAUGUGAAGAACGGGAAUGGGUGGAUGUAUGAAGCUGAUCCCUUCACCACAUUUCAGGAAAGAAAUAACGCGGCUGCUGAGCUUACACGGCGGAAGGAGCAAAAAGCAAAGGAAUCAUCGAAACAACGAGAAGAUCGCGUUCAACUCGGGAUCGCAUCUACUGAGGGUAGGAGUAAUGGUAGUACAGCAGGUCGCUGGCUAAAGGCACCAAAAAUUGACAUGGGUGACAAAGCUCGUGGAAGAGUUGAGGACCUUAUUCGGCGAAGAGCCAUCUGGAACCCAUAUAGGGUUGAGAUAUCUGAAGCUGGGAAAAAGAGCAUGGUGGAUGAAUUCACCAAACUUGGUUUUCGAAAGAGCCAUGUUGAGGAAGCACUUUCGGAAUGUAAAGAUAGAGAGGAGGCUCUUGAGUGGCUACUCAUCCAUAUACCAGAGGAUGAUCUUCCUCCGUGGAGUCUACCGGAAGGCUAUACUGCUGGCAUAACAUUGGCAAGCAAUGACCUUGUGAGAGAGUCUAAGAUCAAACGGCUCACUGCUGCCGGAUACUCAGCAGACUUGUGCUGCUCAGUUCUUGAUAAAUAUGGGAAUGAUGAACGACUCGCUGCUGAAGCCCUUCAGCAUAUGUUAAUUUACAGUCAAGAUCUCGCUACUAAACCUGGUGCUCUAAAUAAUGUUAAUGCCGUUUGGGAGGAAGAACACCAAACUCUAGAAGCUAUUUUUGAUACCAAGUAUAAGCGGCUGUCUGAAAAUGCAUGUCAAGUCACGUCGGAGACCGAGUCUUUGCCAACUGUCACAUACUCCUUCUGGAACCCGGCUAUUGCUACUUACCCGGCAGCCCCCCCAGUUGUGGCCAUUCUCACAAAGGAAAUACCUGCUUAUAUUAGACUGAGUGCAACGAGGCAGGCUGUACAGCAUGCACUGACUGAUCUCGGAGGAGAGCCGAUGAUAUUUAAUAUAAUUGACUGGCUGAAUGAGAACCUGCGCCGUAUUUUAGAGAACCCCGGGAAACUACGAAGCAUAUCCGUUGAGUCUGGCGAUAAUGUGAAUAAUGAAGGCAAGGCAUCCAGAACCUUUGACACAAAAUCGAAGUCGACUAGAGGAAUGGAGUUUCGACCCAAGGGUCCAGGAAGCGAUGACAUCCGACGUAACUGGGAAGCCAAACAGUCAACACCCCAGCAACAAAAUAUGCUCAAGGCAAGGCAAUCUCUGCCAGCGUGGGAUAUUCAAGAUGAAAUUCUGGAUGAGGUGUACUCGCACCAGGUCACAAUAGUUUCUGGCGAGACAGGCAGUGGAAAAAGUACACAGUGCGUCCAGUUUAUAUUGGAUGACUUGAUCCGGCGAGACCUUGGUUCGUCGGCAAACAUUGUCUGUACGCAACCGCGAAGAAUUUCAGCCCUCGGCCUUGCUGAUCGGGUCAGUGCAGAGCGUUGUUCAAAAGUUGGUGAUGAUGUUGGAUACAUUAUCAGGGGAGAUUCAAAAUCUACACAAGGUGUAACUAAAAUCACAUUCAUGACAACCGGUGUUUUGCUGCGGCGUCUGCAAACGGCUGGUGAAAGCGUGGUUGAGGCUUUGGCUGAUAUCAGCCAUGUGGUUCUUGAUGAGGUCCACGAACGUGGCCUGGAUACUGAUUUUCUUCUUGCUGUGCUAAAGGAAGCGCUGAAAAUCCGAAAGGACCUUAAGCUUAUCCUCAUGAGUGCCACUCUUGAUGCCAAUAUGUUUAUCAACUAUUUUGGCGGAGAUAAACAGGUGGGAAGAGUCACAAUUCCUGGCAGAACGUUCCCUGUCGACGAUAUAUAUCUUGAUGAUAUCCUCCGAAAUACUGGCUUUGAUUCAAAUAUGCCAUAUGAACACUCAGAUGAAAACGAGCCAUCUCUGGGCAAAACCAUCCAGAGACUUGGGGGUGGAAUCAAUUACGACCUCAUUUCAAGCACCGUGCAGCAUAUUGAUUCCCAGCUGGGUGACGAACCCGGUGGCAUCCUGAUCUUCUUACCAGGAACUAUGGAAAUAGAUCGGUGUUUAUCUUCCAUGAGGCAUCUUCAUUUCGCCCAUUUACUACCCCUACACGCCUCACUGCUCCCCAGCGAACAGAAGCGAGUCUUCUAUGCACCUCCACAAGGAAAACGAAAAGUAAUCGCGGCCACAAAUGUUGCAGAAACAUCCAUUACAAUUGAUGAUAUUGUAGCGGUAAUAGAUACCGGUCGGGUGAAAGAAACGAGAUAUAACCCUGUCGACAACAUAGUGCGAUUAGAAGAAACUUGGGCAUCCCAAGCAGCUUGUAAACAGCGCCGAGGUCGAGCCGGACGUGUGCGUAAUGGUACCUGUUAUAAACUAUACACUCGAAACGCGGAACAGAAUAUGGCCUCCCGACCUGAACCGGAAAUUCGGCGUGUCCCACUUGAACAACUCUGCCUUUCCGUAAAGGCGAUGAGAGGGAUUCAAAACGUACCCGGCUUUCUUGCAAACACUCUUACUCCUCCAGACAAUGUUGCCGUGGGCGGAGCUCUGCACAUGCUUCACCGUAUGGGAGCUCUUGACAAUGAUCAGCUAACAGCUCUCGGCCGCUGUCUGUCAAUAAUUCCAGCGGAUUUGCGCUGUGCCAAAUUAAUGGUUUAUGGCGUUAUAUUCGGAUGCAUUGAAGCAUGCCUUACCAUCGCUGCUAUUUUAACUGUUAAGAGCCCUUUUGCAAGCCCAAGGGAAGCCCGUGAAGAGGCAAAGGAGGCUAGAAGUUCGUUCUCUAGUGGAGAUGGGGACCUUCUUACCGACCUAGCUGCAUACCAACAGUGGGUGGACAAGGUUCGAGAGCAGGGCUACCGAAAAGCCCAGACAUGGUGCCGGGACAACUUUCUCCUUCCUCAAACUCUACAGGAUAUCUCAUCCAAUCGAGCUCAGCUCCUUGGGUCAUUGAAAGAUGCUGCACUUCUUCCUGUAGAUUACAAGGACCCUGAAAGUCAGAGUCGAUGGAAUCGUCACGACAAAAAUACUUAUUUGAUCCGUGCUUUGAUCUCGGGUGCCUUCAAUCCUCAGAUUGCAUCGAUCUCGUUCCCUGAGAAGAAAUUCGCUGCUUCGAUGACAGGGACGAUCGAGCUUGACCCCGAAGCCCGUACGAUCAAAUACUUUAACCAAGAGAAUGGAAGAGUAUUUGUGCACCCUAGCUCAACCUUGUUUGAUGCGCAAGUAUUUUCGGGUUCUGCACAGUACGUGAGUUACUUUACCAAAAUGGCGACGAGCAAAGUCUUCAUUCGAGAUGUGACGCCAUUUAACUCUUAUGCAUUACUAUUAUUCACCGGGCAAGUGACACUGGACACGCUUGGUAGAGGCGUACUGGUUGAUGAAUGGCUUAGACUCAGAGGUUGGGCUCGGAUUGGAGUUCUGAUUUCUAGGUUGAGAAUGAUGCUUGAUGAGGUAUUGAGACGAAAAAUCGAUAACCCUGGCCUCAAUGUGGAGGAAGAUGAAGUCAUUGAAGUUGUUCGUCACCUUGUUUUGCUUAAUGGCCAGGAUUUUUAA